AUAGUUAUUAUGCUGUUGAUCUUAUGAAUAACAAACCUGCUUCCUAAAAAAAAUGUUCUGCUUUUUUUGGCAUAGACCGCAGUGCAGUAGUUAAUGUUUACUACUGCAAAUACCCUAUACAGACAUUUUGUGAGGUAUUCCUCUCUCUCACACACACAAAAAGGUGGGGGUGAUAAGUUUACUUUUUCCAAUAUGUUGUCAUUGCAAAAGCAGCAGUGCACAAAUAACAUUGAUCACUAAUUAGUUGAGUUGGUGCCAGUAUCUGUCUAGGCCUAAACCCAGACCACCCACUCUGAGCAACGAAGCCCCUUGGCGCUGUUUCGCCUCCUUUGUUGCUGAGGUUUCCUGGCUGCUUCUCUCUUUCAGAUAUCUGGACAGCAAGAAAGCCAUAGCCCACAUACAUUCUCCUUUAUAAUGCAAGGUGGGGGUUCAGGGAUAGGGCAACAAACGGAGUGGAAACAAAAGGAAACAAGCUUGCUAUGUAGUUCUCCAAUAUCUCAAGCUGAUUGGCUGCCUAGUACAUUUUCCUUAUCACUACUGACCUCCUGCUAAUAAGACUUAUUAGUGGAUUUUUCUCUCCAUAGAUACAUUGUGGCAUUUCUUGAUAAGAUCCAGACAUUUGUAUGUUUAAAACAACCAUUUAUACUGUCUGUCUAUCUGUCUAUCAUCAACUUUUUUCUUCUUUCAGGGAAUUCAUUAAGUUUAUAUCAAAUUUGCUUAUCAGAAGAGCUAUCAAGGUCCAAAACUCUGUAUGUAUUUUGAUUAGUAUGGUGAUACACCUCAGUAUAGAUAUUUGUUGCAAAACCAAUGAAAUGCACAUCUGCUAAGGUAGUCCUCCCAACUGUGAAGGUUACAUGGCACUUUUGUUCCUAUCACAGUGAUACACCAGUCUAUAUGUAGAGGGAGGGAUAGAAGUUUACAGGCUUUGCAAUGGCUGCUAGUAAGUGAUUUUGCUGAGAAAGCGGUUCUUUUUUUCUUUCCCACAAUUUAUCCAAGGAAGCUAAAAUACGUAGGCCUCCUUUUUAUCCUCACAAUAAUUCUCUAAGAUAAAUUAGGCUGAGAGUUGGUGAUGAGCCCAAACUCACCAAAAGAGUUUUAUGGCUGAAUAGGAACUUGAACUGGGUCUCCUAUUCUAAAUCAAACUUUUCUAAAAUAGCCAAUUUUGCACUCAUUGAAAGGAUCAGCCCUAACUCGCAAUUAUUUGCCACUCCGAAUAAGGAAUUUGUUUUCAGAAUGUCCCAGGAUAAAUGAUUCUUGACUACAGAGGUCGGGGAGACAUUCUGAUAAUGAAACUUCUGUCCAACCCUUCCAGGCUCAAUUUCAGACAAUAUUAUUGUGAGCUGUCCCUGCAGAAACUAGGAUGCUUAAGAGAGAGACACUCUCAUGCCAGCCAAUCUUCUCUUCAGUAAGAAAAAGGGAACAAAACCUUCUGGCAGUAUUCUGCUUGCUGAGUGGCAUUUCUUCAGCCUCUGUGCUGUAAUCCUUGCUGAUAUUUCAGGAGUAUUUCCUUUCAAACCGGUGCCCCAUGGGAAGUUGAGACUUGGGGAGCCAGAUUCUCCACCAAGAGUACAAACCACUUCUCGUUCUCAUUAUUGCUAUUCUGCAUAUGACAAAAGAAAGAGGGGUAAUAUGCAUUUGCAAGAAUGUCAGUCAUGGCAAAUAAUCUGAUUGGUAGGGCUCAUGUGCAUUCUGUUUGCAAAUCUGAUUGGUAGGGCUCAGAAUAGAAUAGCAGAGUUGGAAGGGACGGUGGAGGUCUUCUAGUCCAACCCUCUGCUCAGGCAGGAAACCCUAUGGCAUUUCAGACAAAUGGUUGUCCAAUCUUUUCUUAAAGACUUCCAAUGUUGAAGCAUUUCCAUUUGCAAAUCUGAUUGGUAGGGCUCAUUGCACUCGAUUAUUGGAUUGAAAUAUUAAUCUGCAAGCGCUUCAAGAUUUUUUAAUAUGAUUCUUGUGAUUAAGAAGACUUAUGUUAUUUAUAGCUGCACUAUAACUUUAUAUUGGUCAUCUAACAGAACAGAUUUUCUCCCCCUACUUAUGUUGGCUUUAUAAACUUCCACCUGACACCGUUUUUAUUUUUCCAGCCCUCAUUGACUCUGUUUUCAUUUUCACUAGUUCAUUUUUAAAUUAGGACUGUACUGACAGUAAACAUUUCUUUGUGUUACAAAUAAAACCAAACAUGGUAUUCAAGCAUAUUAUCAAUUCAAGCUAUGAGGUGUGGCAUACUAAAGCAAUAAUGAAAGAAUGGGAGAUGAAUUUCUCAUAAUCACUUUACUUGUAUUUCUUUUGAUAAUGUAUUUGAUUCUUAUCUUUUCCUUUUGUGUGAGGGCACAUUUUAUUUUCUGCCCAAGUAAGGCAAUUAUUCUUGUUUUGGAAUGAGCUGUUUAGGAGUGCGUUCUAUUCUUCCUUUCAAACCAUGAAUCAAUACAUUAAAUAGCACUAAUUCUGGCACAGGGCUUUGUUAGAGCUCUUGGACAUGAGCAAAACUCAAUAGCAAAGCAUAAGAUUUGCAAGUUCAGUCUCAGAUUAUGACUGUGUAAGACUCAUAGCUAGAGAUACCCUGCUAGUUACUAUAAAAAGUAGUGAGUUCAAUACAAAUCGAGUUCAAUACAAAUCUUUUCCAAUAGGAGCAAUCAUAAUUUGCAAUUAUGUAGCGGAGAAUAUAUGUGGGAUGUUGCCUGAAGCAUAUACCCCACGGGGAUUUUUAGUUGGGCUUUUAUAAAAUUCCAGAAAUCCAUGUCAUGUCUUGAUUUUAUUAAAUGUAUUUUUAUAAUAAAUAAUAAAUGGAGUUUUUUUCCUCAAUUGAAUUUUAGGAAUAGUGGAUUACAAUAGAGAUCAUCUAUCAAGUGGUGGCUAUGUGCAUAGAGUAUGAAUAACUGUAUAGGAUCAUAGAAUCAUAGGAUUGGAAGGGUCCUUGGAUGCCUUCUAAUCCAACACCCUGCCCAAGACAAGAGUCCUCGGAUGAAUGGUGUCCAGACUUUGUUGUCCAAUACAGAGAUGACCACCUAAUUUCAGACCAUCAGGCGUUUGCUUGGAAACUGUUUCUGUAAAAUUUAAUUAAAUGUAAUUAAUCCAGCUAUUCUAUGCAGAAGGGUAAUGCAUGGAGUUCCCAAAACCUAUAGAUUCUACAAAAUUCUACAUUGCAGAAAUGACAUUGUUUUACUCUGCAUUGUUUACAUGCAGAGAUACUUACCAAUCAUAAGACACAUUUAAGCAUAAUAUUUAAGAAAGCCGGAUUAUUCUGAAUCAGAAGUGUGCAUAAAGAAGUUAGGAAGAUGAUAAUCAUAAAUCAGACUCGCUUACAAGCUGGGCAAGGCUAUGGAAACACAGUUAACUGUGUCUGCACUAUAUACAAAAAUGAAGCUGUUACUGGUUUUUUUAAGGGAAUGUCUUUCCCUUUAAUCAGCAUUGCUGCUUAUAAUUCAUUGGUAUUUGGUGUCUUCAGCAGUACCCAAAGGUUUAUUUGCCAACAUCGCUAUGGGAUACCUAAUCAUCCUCCUGCACUCACAGAUAUAACUUUAGCAAGCAUGGUAACUGGGGCUUUCUCAGUAGGAAUUGGUUGCCCAGUUGACCUAGUAAAAAUAAGGCUACAGAUGCAGACACAGACUUUUCCUAAGGCCAACUUGGAAAUAAAGCACAAAGCAACUGGCAUUUCAGUACAGGCUGCCUAUCGAGGUCCAAUUCACUGUGUCACUACAAUUCUUCAGCAAGAAGGUCUGGCAGGACUCUUUCGAGGUACGACCGCUAUGCUUCUGAGGGAUGUCCCAGGAUACUGCCUCUACUUUAUCCCUUACGCAUUGGUUUCCGUCUGGAUCACUUCAGAAGAAUGUCUUUCUCCCACUCCCUUUGCAGCGUGGAUGGCUGGUGGCAUUGCAGGAAUCAUAUCCUGGGGAACAGCAACUCCUAUGGAUGUUGUGAAAUGUCGUCUCCAAGCAGAUGGGGUUUAUUUAAACAAAUACAAAGGAGUCAUUGACUGUAUCUAUCAAAGUUACAACAGUGAAGGUUUAAAAGUCUUUUUCAGAGGUCUUACAGUGAAUACAGUGCGAGGAUUCCCUGUAAGUGCUGCCACAUUCCUUGGAUAUGAACUUUCACUCAAAGCCUUAAGAAAAGAAGUAGAGACAAAUCCUUGAAUUCCAGGUCAGUUUUACAGAACCUUGAGCAUUUGGGGUGAAUAUCAUGGACAGCAUCCAAUUGCUCUGCAUCUGCACAAACCAUGUUUUUGGUGGGUUUUUUUUUAAGUUUUAAUUGCUUGAAAUUCUGUAAAAUAUACAAAAGUAAUUUAACAAGAAUUAUUUCUAGGCGCCCUGCCCGCCCUCAAUAAAAUUUUAAAAAGUGAUGUAAGAAGGUUAAUGAAAAGCAAUGUCUCUACUUUCACAAUUUUAAUUUAAUUAGUGAUACUGUAAUUAAUAAAAUAAAUUAUUCUUGAAAUGAA